CUCUACUCGUGCAAAUCCCUGCUUUCUCGGCCACUGAACUUUCUGGAUCCCCAGCAAAUCUAUUCUUAUUUGCAUUCGACAUGGAUGCAAGUAUCUCACCUGUGACCAUCUUACGGCUAUCCUCCCCGUCCCGCAUCCUUUCAUCCUCCUGCUGUCCUGACAAAGACCUCGUGCUGCUGAUUUCAAGGCAUGUCAAUAAGGAUAUCAUUAGCUUGUGGAAGAUUCAGGGUGCAAAAAGAUGGGAACUCGAAGUGGAUAUGGGACACAGGGUCGACCAAGUUAUGGAUAUCGCAUGGGCGCCUGACGGUCAGACGAUUGCCCUUGCCCAUAAUCCUCCACGAAUUACCAUUCACUCGAUCCAUGAUGGUCACCUCGAGCGAUCCUUCCCAGUACAUAUCUCUGGUCUGCUAGCUCCGUACUCUUUCCAGCUACUGAGGAUUUGGUGGUUCGGGAAAGAACCGGUGGUCGAGACAAAAGGACCCAUACCAGAUAUAUUCAAGAGAGACGGCGUUAUUACAGGAUCGUCCCAAUCAGUGUUAAAGAUGUUUCCACUCCUUGAUCCUCCUCAGGAUGAUGGCGCCUUGCGUACAGCAAACCCGUUUCUGUUUCAAACCGGGCCCGCUCGUACCGAGCUGAAAUCCACACUUCCCGAAACCAUUUCAUCCUGGCCGACGUUACCAUCCAGCCUUUCACUAGCUUCUAUCCAGUCCGCUGCAAAAGCUGGUCCUCAAUCGUCCAGACCCGGGGAAGAAUUAGACGAAGUUGACCACGCUAACAUUGACAGCAUCCUUGCUGUCGCGAACGACGUAGGACAUAUUCACUAUUAUCUGGAUGCAGCCUAUCCUCUGGGUCAUGUAUCAAUGGGCGGGGACUUUUCUGUCGUGUCACUAGAGCAAGGUCAUCAAAGGUCUACAUUCUUUGCUCAUCUUGAGACUCGUCGUCGAGAUGUUGGCCCAAUAACCCGCCUCCGGCCGACGGUGGUCGAUUUGCCUUUGCUAGAAACUCGUCAUCCUCGUGACAUUGCCAGUGCAUCUUCUGCAGCACGAGAGUUGGUCUGGUAUGCCAAGUGUGCUGUGAAGGAGAUGCGGGAAUCCUGGUUUGGCUCAGAUGCUCAUGCCGGAGCCCGAGAAUUAGGCCCAAAGUGGAUAAGAGCCCUCGAGAGCAGACAGAAGGAACAAUUUGGCCAAGACGAGCCUAAUGCUAUACUGGAUCUCACAGCCCUCCUUGCUACAGGCAGGCCUUCAGAGGCCUUGGCCGACUUUCUGGGUAGUAAUGAACAAAUGAGCGACAGAGGUAUGCAGAAGUGGGAGUCUACCGUUGUUGACUCCUUCACCAAAUUACGCGACUUCUCUGAAAAAAGGCUCGCUCCUGCAUGCCAGCGGCUGCAUCUGGUAUUGGAAGAGGUUCAUGGCUGGUCUCUACUGCCUCAGCAGUACGGAUUAUUUGGUUUCAAGACGUCAGACGUCGAGGCUAUCCUCGACCUGACCGCUCGGGCAAUUAUCAGUAGCGCUUGGUUGACUGCCACGGCCCGAAGAGAAGUCCGCCGCUUUAAAGAGUUUAUUGCGUGGAUCAGACAUGAAAACAACCAUAUCAAUCAGAGCGGCGAUUCAGCCCCACCACCUCGGCAUGAUUUCCUCGAGGUGAACAACUACCUAAUGUCAGGCCUCGUUGUGAGUCCUAUCGACAAGUGGUUUAUGGGGCCCGUGCCGCAAUUUUCUUCCCAAGACUUAGGCAUUGCGCCUGGAAGCCAUGACCUGGAAGAGGUUAUGGAGAGAGCCCGGCGAGUGAUAGAUGAUCCCGGCCAGGUGGCUUGGAAGCAGGGCAUGAAAUAUAAAGAUCUCUCACACCUAGAUAGGAAUCUUGAUUCUUUAGUGGAGGAUCUGUCGGUACGCUGUCAGCGGCUGUUCUGGCGUGCUGCGUAUGCAACAGGCCAGUCUGCAACCAUUUCACAUAGCCUAAAUUCAUCGAGUAGAGAGGAUGUGCGAACGACACUCCCUAAAGUGGUGCACAUGCGGGAGCGUACAAUUCGGCGCAGGGAAAAGGGGGGCGGCUUUCUUCACUACGUGGCCAUGCAAACCCCUCCUAUCGCCGACACGAGCUUCUUGUUUCUAGCCCGAACACACUACAAGCACGAUGUCUCAGAGACAGCUCUCCACGUCGAGGUUGCUAUGUUGGAGUGCUUAGUUCCGGGAGAAGGUCAAAGCCAAGAUGAAGGGGCGAUGCGGGGAACCGUGUUGGACUUCGAGUUUUUUGACGAAGAAGAUCUUGUAGUGGUAUAUCGCCACGGUUCUUUGGAUACGGCUGUUAUCUCGUUGGUAAACUACAGCGGGGUAGAUUAUCAAGACCUAAAGCCCGAUGGAUACGUAAAUGCCCCACUCCGGGAAGAUCUGAUGGUAGAUGCCCUGCAGCAGUGGAGAGACAAACAGCUCCGUUCAGUGCCCAUGCCGAUCAAGCGAUGCCGUGCACUGGCGGGGUGCAAACAAGGAAAGAUAUCCCUUGCAAUGCCCAAGUCUACCAGCUCUCCGCCUAGUUCCUCUCAACUGAAGACCUCACUGGAGGACGGUGACACAGGUCCACGCUUGUCGGACGUCGCGCUCAGAAAGAAGAAAAAUGCCGAUGCACAGGCAGCAUUCAGAGCUCGACGCGCCAACUACAUAGCUACACUUGAGGAAACAGUCACUAGCCUAGAGUCGGUAGUCCUCCAACUUCAAGACUCAUGCCGGGAGGCCCGAGCGGAAGUCAGUGAGCUUAGGCAUGAAAACUCCCGCCUCCGCCAUGAAGUACGGGAGCGCGAUAAAUUUUGGAGGGCUCUGUGGCAGAGCAAGCGAGCGGGGCAGGGUCCUGACUCGCUCCCAGAGGAGCUGCCACCUCUCUCCUCUGGGUUUCCUGUGCCUUUCCCCUCGUCAAAUACUGCUGGUCCGCACAUAAACCCGACAACGCAUAUGUCUCAGUAUGGCGAAGAACAUGUACAUUACUCCAACGAGGAUCCGUCCAUGUCUGGCGGUUCUUACCAGGGGUACGGUGAACAAUCCUCCGGACUCAUGUACCCUGGGACGGACGGUGACAACGCCUCAAACGGAUGCCGGACGUCGAAGUAUGGUUCGUACUACGGAGUGACACGGAAUGGCUCCUGGCCUCAGGCCGUGUCUCAAGCUUCUUCGUCAGGAGGUGACUCGGAGUCGCCCACUCUCACUUCCUCGGGCAUAUCCUAUUCAUCCCGUUUCCCGGGUGUUGAAGACCAAAAAGUUCCUCUCAGCGCUCUAGAUGCCGCGCCAUACGUUUUCUCGGCUAGUCCAACCCAUUCCCCUACCGCAACGACCCCUCCUCUCUCUUCUUUCCAGUACAACCUUUCCAACGAUGUCGUCGCUCAGGAGCGAGGAGAGUAUGAUUAUAGGAGACAGACAAUUGGCCAUGGGCCGGAAGUCACUUUACACGGUGGCACGGCCGACAUAUCUCUCUCAAGCAACAAUAGUGUUCGGUACAGACUGGGUGCCCGUCGUGCAAACUCUGGGCCCGAACGCCCUCUAGUUGCUCCGACACCGCAGCUACCAAAUCAUCAUCACCAUGACGCUUAUCGCGAGCGAGGCAGCAGUGAUGGAGACGCAGAUCCUUACCAAACUCUCCGUGCUCGCCGUAGCGGUACGCUCUCUAGGGCAUCACGCUCUCCCUCACCGGGCACUCCUCCCAUAUCCGGCACUCUGGCAGUUAUCAAGGCCCAGGCGUUCGGUGCGCUCCGAAGGACCAGGACUCGGUCAAAGAAGACUACGGAGACUGCUUCAAAGGUUGCCAUGGUCUUGGAAGCUCGCGGAAUUGGUAUGGGCCUUGGUACGGGUUCCAAACGCCCACGGCUACAUAGUGACGAUGAGGACGCCUAAUGAACACAUUUGUUGACACGCAGACUCUGCACGCCCUAGAGUAGUCGUAUGUAUAUUUCAUGCUCUGAUUCCUCAUUUAUUUUGCAAGGGGACUUGGUUUCGUGUACCCGCUAUGGAAUCUUUUUUUCUGCUGCGUCUUGCUGCUGUGUUUAUAGUCGAUGUAUUAAUACUACUUGUAACAUACUAUCCUCGCUUUGUUGUACCUCAUUGUACCUGUGCACGCCCACGAGGGGCGUCGACGGAGUAGUAGAAAGACGGUCACCGGUCAUGUACAGAACAUAUUUUACUGCUGG